UUUGCUUGUACCUACCUGAGAUCGUUUUAGCCGGCGAUCUUUUGUUUUCUCAGUCUCCCAGUACCGCCUAUGGUACCCACUGGACCGUUUAAUCAUGUCCCAGAACGAAAACACAGCGACUAUUCACUGAAUGUUUCAGAAAAAAACAUGGUUUAAAUGCUUUUAAAUUGUCGAGUGCUUCGUCAAAAUAUACAUGUCGCAGUGUAUGGUGUUUUACAGAAAAACUUCUAAUUAUCGAAGUUAAUUGCAAAUAUGGGUUCGCGAGUUGGUGGCCUAAAUGCCGCAAGUUUGUCUACGGAUAAGGCUCUGGCUGGGGUUCCCCGGCUUCUGGACGAUCUUCAGCGUCUGUCAGAAGACACUGAUUCGGCCGAUAUCGUGUUCCUUCUGGGCCGAGAAGAAGAGAGGAUUUAUGCUCAUCGGAUUAUCUUAAUGGCAAGAUGCAAAAGUUUCCAAAUCGCCAAACGAGUUGAAGUGUGCAGAAUACCAGGCUGUACGGUUUCUCCUACUGCUUUAGGCACCCCCACUAUGGUCCGGUUACCACAAGUACUGUCAGAUAUAUUCAGACAAUUUUUAAAUUAUGUCUACACAGGCAAGAUAAUGUUGCAAGACAAUAGCGUGUUUGAAAUGAUGGCGCUGGCGCAGGAAUUGGGAGUUGAUGAGCUGAGGAAUGCCUGCGAAGACCAUGUAACCUCAACUCUAUCAAUCACUUCUGCAUGCACGUUUUUAACCACGGCGAUGGAUAUACAGGACAGAUCAGCAGGUGGCAAAGCAACUUCAGGCUUCAUAGAAAGAUGUGUUACCUACAUAGGGGAAAAUGCUGCAGAAUGUGUGCGAACCAACUCAUUUUUAUCACUUACGAAGGAAGCACUCAUCAAGCUGAUAUCUUCAGAUUAUCUAUGCCUUGAAGAGGAAGAUGUGUGGAGGGCAGUAUUAAAUUGGGCUAAAUAUCAAGUUGGAGUCACCCAGCCAACCCCUCAUUGGAACGAGGAGGAAAGAGCGCGAGUAUGCCAACAGUUAUCCUACGUUAUCAAUCACGUGCGUCUGCUGCUGAUUGAUUCUCAAGUAUUUGCCGAAGAGGUGGAACCCACAGGAGCAGUCCCAAUGGAGCUGAGCUUGGAACGGUACCGACAUGCGGCCCUUCCCAGCAAGUAUCCAGAGGCGUCGGAAGACUUGCGUCUUAAACCGCGGAUUUCUCCACAUCUAUUUCCAGGAUCUCUCAUAAUUGGUCAGGACAAAAGCCACUACCAGCGGAUCCUCAACGCGUGGUUCGGACAGCAAAAGCAGACUUGGAGGCUUAUUUAUAGAGCCAGCAGCCAUGGGUUUGCCGCAUCAGCUUUCCAUAGACACUGCGAUGGAAUAUCCCCGACUUAUGUUGUGGUUUUAGGCGCGAGAGGGGAAAUUUGCGGAGGAUUCAGCGACGCUGCCUGGGCAAGACCACCAGGCAAAAGCCGCUACGUCGCUGCCGAUAAAGCGUUUUUAUUCACCUUGUACAAUCACCAAGACUUGCCUCCAACACAAUUCGGUCUUGUAAAGAAGCCCUUUGCAAUUUGCUACCAUCCUGAUUCUGGGCCAAUAUUCGGAGCGGGUGCUGACUUGUUGAUAUCCAGCAACUGCAACACCAACAUGGACAGCUACUCAAAUCUUCCCCAUACUUAUGAUGGAGAUGGAGCCUCGUCCUCUGUCCUGAUGGGUGACUACAACUUUGCAGUUGCUGACUACGAAGUUUUUACCCCAAUCAAUUGCCCCGCCAAAUAUACCAAGGCGGAGAGGUAUCAAUGAGGCCAUUUGGGUUCAUCUUGGUUCCACAAAGGUUGACUAUUAAAGUUUUUUUGGUCCUAAAAUCCGAUAAUACAGGGUGUCCGGACCUAUGCAUAACCGGGUUAUUUUAAGAUGCGGUUGUGAAUAUUCAAAAUUGUGCUAAUAAAUCAAUCCCGAAAAGUUGUUUCUGUAGAGAUUGGGGCCACUGGAACGGAUAAAUAAAGAUGUUUUUUCCCCAAUA